UGGGAACACUGUGACUGCCGUAAAAACCAGAUUCCAAUCAUUUGUUAAAUAACAUAUAUUGUCGUUUUAUUAUUAACUUCGCUUAUUACGUUUAGGCAAUAAUGAAAUGGCAACUUGGUUUGAUGCUAUUUACCAUAAUUUGAUAUUUAUUUAGUUAGCGCAUUUCGGGGAGAUGAUUUGGUAACACUGCGGCGACCUUGUCGUCUGGUGUGACAGUUUCAUCUUACGUAUUGUGUUCCGCGCGCGCCAACUGCCAGAUGAAUUACCCCAGAAGCAAUGAAAACCAGCGCCCUUCCUCUCAGAGACCAGUUAUAUUCAUAUUUAAUAUAUUCCAAAUUCCAUGUGAGGAGCCUUGUGUGGAGCCGAGUCACAUAAGAGCCUCGUGGAGCCGAGUUACAGAGAUGCAUCAACCUCUUCCUCCCCCCUCCCCCUCCUGAUAACUACCUUGGCACAACCCCUGCGUUGAUUCUCUCCAAGCCAGAGUUUUAAGUUGGUCGGUGCCUCUGCAUUUUUGUGAAAUUUGUGGAGAAAGAGUAAGUGUGACUUUUGAAUGUUGGGGGAGACGAGACGAGAGAUGAUGCUUUCCUUUGCUGUAUAGGACAACAAAAAAAACUUGUUUUCAAAGAGUCACAAGUUUCAUUGAAUUUUCCAGAGAAUGAGAAAAUUAGCAAGAAGUAUUAUUCGUUAAGAAAGUGUCUAGAAAGAUUUUAUUUUUAAAUGUUUUCAUGUGGAGGAAGUAUUUCAAUUAUUCUGAGUAGUAGCUGACACUCUUGAAGAGAUUGGGACGUUGAAAAUAAGGUAAAUCGAAAAAAAAAACUCAUGAAUGCGAGAGCGAUCGCCGUUGAUGACCACUCAGGACCCUGAAUGGCAUUUAGAUGCUGUUCAGCAGUGAUUAGGAAGCAGCCAAACAGAGAACUAAAUGCGCUUCAUCCCUGAGCCAGUGUCGGCGGCCUCUGCAUCAAACCGAGUGUUCUCGUCACAGAAAAAGGGCAAUAAAAAGACGGAUCUCAGAGGAAGGGGCGAAGGUCCAUUAUUCAGCGUCAGGAACUCCUCCUCCCGUCAAACAGCCAUUUUUGGAAGGGUGCCUCUGUCUCGGAUCUGGAAGCAGGGCUGGUGGUGGUGGUUUUGGCUUCCAGUCAUGGCUGCCAACGUCCUCCUGCCCAUUCUUUUCCCGCUGUCGGACGAACUGGAGUUCCCCAACGUGACGAAGUUCCUUCGUAUCGGCCUGGCUGACAAGAACGACCACGCCCCCUUUUUCGAGCAGUCUCUGUACGAGGUCGAACUCGACGAAGAUGAAGCCGUCAACCAGGCACUCCUCACCCUCACAGCCAAGGACCUUGAUGAAGCGUCACGAAUGCACUACGAAAUCGUGGAUGGGAACGAGGAGGGAACCUUUGCCAUCGGUAACGUCACCGGAGAGAUGUACCUGACACGCCCACUCGAUUAUGAAAGGACGAAAAAGUACGACCUUCGACUGGUGGUGUCUGACGGACGGUACGAGAACGACGCCUCGAUCAUCGUCCACGUUCGAGACAUCAACGACAACCCUCCGCUGUUCGACAGACACUUGUACGAGACGCGUAUCUCGGAAGAGGACGACCAGGAUUUGCCGAAGCGCAUCUUGACGGUGACUGUUACAGAUGGUGAUUACGACCGUCCGCAAGACUUGGUGUUCUCCCUGUCAGGCCAAGGAAUCGACGUGGAGCAUCCGGAGAAUUCGCAUUUCCAGAUCGUCUCUUCGACUGGAGAAAUCUUCGCCAGGAAGCCUUUGGAUCGAGACCAUCCAGUAGGUCGACCGAGUUGGGGUCUGACCGUCUUUGCCCAAGACGAAGGGGGCACCGGACUUGUGGGGUACAGUGAAAUUAUAGUUCAUCUCAAAGACAUCAACGACAAUGCCCCGGUCUUCCUUCAGGAACUUUAUUACGGAAACAUCACGGAAAACGGCGAAUACGGCCAAGAGGUCAUCGCCAUGAAAGCGGAGGACUACGAUGACCCAGACGAGGGCACGAACGCCCAGCUGACCUAUUCCCUGGAGAAGAACGUCGUCGACGAGACCAUGGCUAAGCCCAUCUUCUCGAUCGACGCUGAGACCGGGGUUGUGAGGACGGCGGUGUGUUGCUUAGACAGAGAGAAGGCCAAGGAUUACCUGAUACAGGUGGUGGCUAUGGAUGGAGGAGGACUCAAAGGGACAGGCACCGUGAGCAUCGCCAUCCUAGACGUCAACGACAGACCUCCGAGGUUCACGAAGGAGGAAUGGGUCAUCGAGACGGAUGAGACCGACGGCUCCAACUUGCCCGAUGAACCCAUCCUGACAGUGACGGUCCAGGACGAAGACGACACGAACGUCUUCAGCUACAGAGUCAUCGACUCUUCGGGCUUCGGCGCUGACAAAUUUGCCAUGGUCACAAACGACGACGGAACCGGGUCGCUCGUGGUCGUCAAACCUCUAGAUUACGAAGAUUACAGACAAGUGAACGGGUUCAGGUUUCAGAUAGAGGUGAGCGACGAAGGCGAAGGGGGGUUCUCGGACAUGUACCACGCAGCGAGGUCUUGGGUCAAAGUGAAAUUGAAAGAUAUCAAUGACAACCCUCCUCAUUUCAUCGAAAAAGUGGCCGAAGCGCGGGUGUUCGAGAACACCCCAGUUGGCAGGAGUCUGGUCAAUAUCACGGCAUUUGAUCCUGAUAUGGGAGGGAAGGGGAAGAUCUCUUACAGGAUAGACCGGGCUUCGGACAGAAACAGGCACUUCGCUAUUGACGAUUCGGGUUCGGUGACACUGCAGAGACCCUUAGACAGGGAAACCAGCCCUUACCAUUUGAUUAAAAUCUUGGCUGUUGAUGAUGGUAUCCCUGUCAGGAGUGCCACUGCCAUGUUGACAGUUAUUGUCAUAGACAUUAAUGAUAAUGCUCCAAAGAUCCUCGAAGAUUACCGUCCAGUUUUACCUGAGAACCAACCACCAAGAAAAUUUGCUGAAAUUUUGGCGACAGAUGCAGAUGACCCAUUGAGGAACAAUGGGCCUCCUUUUCACUUCCGGGUCAGUCCUCUCGCUGAUGACGAUAUCAAAGCCUCCUUCAGGGUAGACAGCUUCCCCGACAGAGCAAAUGGAGAAGGAACAGCUGUCAUAUCCUCCUUGAGAAAAUUUGAUCGGGAGGUACAGAAAGAGUAUCACAUUCCUAUCAUCGUGAAAGACUCCGGGUCACCACCAAUGAUUGGCACUUCGACGUUGACCGUCAUCAUUGGCGAUGACAAUGAUAAUGCCAUGGAAAGUGGGAUGAAAGAAAUCCUUUUCUACAGUUACAAAGGUAGAGCCCAUGACACUCAGAUUGGACGGGUCUACAUUCAUGAUCCUGAUGACUGGGAUUUGGAUGACAAGAAGUUCACGUGGGCUAUGAGCAAUCACCCCAACUUUCAGCUCAAUGAGGACAGUGGAAUGAUCACGAUGAAAUAUGCCACGAGUGAAAAUUUGUACCGCUUGCAGUUUGAAGUGCACGACAGCAAACAUUUCCAGUCGAAAAUACAAGCUAAAGUGAAUGUGAAAGUCAGGCAUGUUUCUGAGAGUGCGGUCAAAAGUUCAGGUUCAGUUCGUGUGGAAAAUAUUAGCGACGAGGAAUUCAUUCGGCAGUGGGACUACAGAACUAACAAGCCAGUGAAAAGCAUCGCUGAUAGAUUCAAGGAAAAAUUGGCAAACAUUUACGACGUUAGUGGUCACAGUAUUGAUUUGUUCAGUAUACAGUUAAGGCAAAGGAGUCCUCCUAUUACAGAUAUUUUCUUUUCAGUUUAUAAUUCGUGGUACAUGAAACCAGAUAAACUGAACGGUCUAAUCAUGAUGUACAGAAAUGAGAUUGAAGACGAACUGGGUUUGCACAUCAUCAUGGUAGGGAUAGAUGAGUGUUUGUAUGAAAAUGCCCACUGUUUCGGUUCAUGCACCAGUAAUCUUGAAGUGCUCAAAACGCAUUACUUGAUCGACUCCAACAGAACGUCGUAUGUAGGCCUUCACACAAAACUAACCCCUGAGUGUAUGUGUACUGCUAGGAAUUUCUUCCAGAAAGAAUCGUGCCGUCCAAACCCUUGCCUUAAUAAUGGCAAAUGUGUUGAAGAAGAAGAUAGUAUUCGCUGUGUAUGCCCUGUGGGAUAUGAUGGUCCAAAGUGUCAAAUUCUAACCAGAACAUUCCCAGGGAAUGGCUUUGCCUGGUUUCCACCUCUGCAGGCUUGUGAGAGAUCGCAUCUAAGCGUUGAGUUUAUGACUACAAGCCUUGAAGGUACCAUACUAUACAAUGGCCCAAUUACCUUCCAGAAUUUCAAUAAACAUACGGUUACAGAUUUCAUUGCAUUAGAGAUAGUCGAUGGAAGACUUAGGUUACUAAUCAAUUUUGGUUCAGGGACCCUACGCCUCCCAGUGAACAGCUCUGGGGAGCUGAAUGACGGUAGAUGGCACAAAGCAGAUGUCUUUUGGGAUAAGGAGACAGCAAUACUAGCCAUGGACCAGUGUUCAGAAGCAAACAUAUACGAGUCCAAGGGAAGCACAGAGAGCAAUAUUGACUUAUCCACUUGCCAUGCUCAAGGUACACUCCCACCAUUUAAUGAGUAUCUUAAUGUAAAUAGUCCACUGCAAGUUGGUGGUUUAGCCCAUGAGACAUUCUUCGCCACCAUGUACAGCGAUAAUGAGGAGCUGGUGCCGCUGGGAAAACCCUUCCAAGGCUGCAUCAGAAAUCUAAUGAUGAACAGUCACUUCUAUGAUUUUUCACAUCCAAGUCUUCAGAAGAACAGUGCAACAGGUUGUCCUCAUUUCGAGACGUUAUGCAACAGCAACUCGACAGUGAUGGGUUGUGGAACCAAUGGAAUUUGCAGUGGUUCUGCAUCUGAGCCCCACUGCUUGUGUAAGCCUGGUUGGACGGGUCCUUCCUGCAAUGAGCCGACCAUCCCAGCUCAUUUUGAGCCUCAGUCUUUUGUGAAAUACACUCUGUCCUUCAAACCUAAUCCUUUUCAUACAAAUGUACAGCUGAGGUUUCGAACUUGGGAAACAGAUGGUGAACUUUUUCGAAUAUCGGACAAGCUAAGUAGAAAAUAUGGAAUCCUUAGGAUUAAAGAAGGUUAUUUGCAGUUUCAGUAUAACUUUCAGGAGCUACACCCGGAAGAUCAGGAGCUGUACCUUUCUAAAGUAGUUGUAAACAAUGGAGAGUGGCAUUUAGUAAAAGUUGAACGUUUUGGAAUGAAUGUUGUUCUCUCAUUAGAUGGCGGAGAGGGGCGAAGAUACAAUGAAACCUCCAUCUUCUCCAGCAAUUUUCUAAUGGACAUUGAUGAAGAAGAAGGAAUAUACGUUGGUGGUAGAGUCAGCUAUUCAAAUGCCAACACCUUCACAGUACAUGAUGAUUAUAAAUUUGCCUGCAUAGAUGACAUCCGCAUAGAGGGUAAGACCUUGCCAUUACCUCCUGAGAGCACCAGUACCCAAUGGGCGCAAGUCUCAGUGUUCCAUAACCUUGCUUCACAGUGCAAUUCACCCACCCAGUGCCUUAAUAUAACUUGCAUUGCGCCGUUCACUUGCAAGGAGCUGUGGAUGAGACAUGAAUGUGGCUGUCCUGAGGGAUCCUUGCUGUCAAGAGAUCACAGAGUGUGUCUGGAUGAAGACGAGUGCUUGUCGAGUCCGUGCAGAAAUGGUGGCACCUGCCACAACCAGCAACCGUCCUAUACAUGUCAUUGCCCAGUGGGAUUUGUGGGUAACAACUGUGAAUUGUUACAGGAGGAGAAUAAUCUUUUCCAACCAAAUAUACCGUUGCUGGCUGCUAUCAUUGUUGGCGUCUUAGUGAUAUUAGCCUUGGGAGCCACUUGCCUAUUGUGCCUCAGCCGCAGACGCCAACGUAUUCUUAAGAACAACACUGACCAAACCAAACAUGAAACUAGCGUCCAUUACGACGACAAAGGAGGUGGGGAGGGCGAGGUGACCAUACUCGACCUGACUGCUUUGAACGUCCCAGCCGUCCCAGUUGUGACGAAUGGUGGUAACUUCAUCGCUAAGGAAGCGCAAGACUCCCCGAUGAAGAGCGUCAUCACAGACGUAGACGUCCUCCUGUGCAGACGGGACGCGGCGGGGUCGGGGGGCAACUCGAAGGAGCCUCCUGACUGGCACGUCAUUCCCAACUACGCCGCCGUCGAAGAAGGAGGACGAGGAGGGGGCAGAGGACCUCCCCCCGAAGAAUCCGUCUCUUUCCUGGGCUACGGCGGAAGCAGCAGACUAGCGCUGCCGCAGAGCUGAUAGGAUGAAUAGGAGUCUUAUUUGUUAAGGAUUUAGGAUUUACUGUUCAGAGACAUUUUGAAUUCAGAGACACUUGUGUGUGGCCAUCGUUUUUUUUUUUUUUUAUCAUUAGGAAGGGUUUUGUUAUUAAUUUUUUAUUUAUUGAUUUAUUUAUUUAUUGUUUUUCACAUCAGUUCCAAAUUCUUUUUAAUUAUUUAUUUAUUUAUUUUUUUUUAUACAACAUUCCCAAAUUCACAAAGAGACAGAUAAACUUAUGUGUAAAGAUAUCGAAUUCAUUUACAGUAACUUAUGAUUUUAUGUGUAUGUAUAUUUAUAUAUAUAUAUAUAUAUAUAUAUAUAUAUAUAUAUAUAUAUAUAUAUAUAUAUAUAUACACGCACACAUUUACAUUAUUUGUGUGUGGCGUGGUUCACUAACAAACACGUUCGAAUGACAGACUAAUCUCUGAGGUAAAAACUGCAAAGAAGAUGACUUAUUUCAUUUAUUUUUUCCAUAAACAAGGCUACUUCAUAAUCCGCCGUGCUCUUUGAUGUUUUAUCAAUAACAGGAAAUUCACGGUGGUCUGUGUACAAGCUUAUAUAUAUAUCCUUUGAUCAGUAUCACCAACAGAAUUUAUUAUCAACAAAUUUUCGUUGACAUGGGACCCAAGGAACACGCUACACUAACUCGACUGGAUUUUCUUUCCGUGGCUAUUUUAAUCUUUCAAUAUUUUGGUGUGUUAUUUUUCCAAGGUAGCCACACAGUUAAACGACAUAAUGCUAACUGUUGUUUCCUCUGUUUCUUGUAAGCUUGAUAUUCAGCUGUUUGUAUGUGCCCGCAUAUAUAU